CCCCGCGUGAAGCGCGCGCGUAUACGCGAGCCAUACAUAUUUAUAUGAAUACACGGUGACCCGCGCGCGGAGAUAAUACAGUGUAAAUGGCGCUCUCGGCGCAGAACCAGUCGACGUCGUACGUGAACUUGUAUUACUCGAUCGUCCAGCGCGCGGCGACGCGCUACUUUAAGGAAUACUACAACUCCGAUACUGGCGCGCCCUACGUAUUGUACAAAGAUAAUAUGGAGAGACCCCAGGGUCAAUGGGGCCCGGGGCCGGGAUCUCUCCAGGAUGGCGGAUUGUACCCGCAACAGCAACCACAACAACAACAACAGCAACAACAGGGUUCCUCCUCGUCGGGAAGCCCACAGCAGGCCUGUGGUCCUCCCGUCGAGGGUAGUGAAAACGGUCCCCCGCCCUCCUUAGCAUCGCCUGUGCCCUCACCGUAUCCCUCGGCGCCUCCCGAGCCUCAGUCCUUGACUCCACCGGACGAUGAUAUACAAUCGAGUCAGGCAACGUCCCAACAGCAGCAGCAGCAGCAAACGCAGCAGCAGGUCCAACAGCAGCAGCAGCAACAACAACAACAGCAGCAGCAGCAGCAGCAGCAGCAACAAGUUCAACAGCAGCAGCCUCAACAACAGCCGCAGCAACAACAAACACAACAAGAUCAUUCGCCGCAGCAACAAUUGACUCCUCACGCGGAGGUGGACCGUAGCGAUUGCUUUCCUGGCGCUGGGGAGCUGCAACAGUAUCCGCAACACUAUUUCAAAGAGGCUCGGCCGCAUCCUUCGCCGUCCGUGCCACCUCACAUGCUCACUCCCGGUGGCUUUUCCGCGCUGCACUAUCUCAAACAGCCCGGGGUAAUGCUGACAUCCCUUGGCCAGGGCGACGGCGGGCCCGGCUUGGACGCGCAUCAGUACGCCAGUCCGGGCGCGCCCAACAUGGCGACCGGGCUGCCCGACAUCGUGCAGCAGAGCGGCAAAUCGUCCAAGUCCGGCAACAGCGAUCUACGCCUGUUCAAAUGUUUGACCUGCGGCAAAGACUUUAAGCAGAAGUCGACUCUGUUGCAACACGAGCGGAUCCACACGGACAGCCGGCCGUACGGGUGUCCGGAGUGCGGCAAGCGGUUUCGACAACAAUCCCACCUCACGCAGCAUCUACGCAUACACGCUAACGAGAAGCCGUACGCUUGCGUUUACUGCGAGCGUACGUUCCGGCAGCGCGCCAUCCUCAACCAGCAUCUGCGCAUCCACUCGGGUGAGAAGCCAUACCAAUGUCCGGAGUGCGGAAAACACUUCCGUCAGAAGGCGAUCCUGAAUCAGCACGUCCGCACACACCAAGACGUGAGCCCGCACCUCAUCUUCAAGAACGGGAUGACGCCGACGCUCUGGCCGCAGGACGUUCCCUUUCCGCCCGAGGAGGGUAAGGAGGAGGUAGCGUCGACGUUCGGCGACACGGACACGCAGUCGGGCGCGUUCAGUCCGGCGCCGGACGCCAACUCCAUCCAGUAUCCCGCUUACUUCAAGGAUCCGAAGGGCGGCAAUCACACGGUCUUCGGCGCGGGCGGCCCGGGCAGCUUCGGCGCCCUGCAGUACAUCAAGCAGCAGGGCGGCACGAAGAGCUGUCUACCUGAUGUGAUACAGCACGGCCGCUCGGCCGGCAUGCCGCUGUAUGUGCGCUGUCCAAUUUGCCAGAAGGAGUUCAAGCAGAAGUCCACGCUGCUGCAACACGGAUGCAUACACAUCGAGUCGCGACCGUAUCCGUGCCCGGAGUGUGGCAAGAGGUUCCGCCAGCAGUCCCAUCUCACGCAACACUUGCGUAUCCAUACGAACGAGAAGCCGUACGGCUGCGUGUACUGCGGGCGCAACUUCCGUCAGCGCACGAUUCUUAAUCAGCAUCUGCGCAUCCACACGGGCGAGAAGCCGUACAAGUGUCAGCAGUGCGGCAAGGACUUCCGUCAGAAAGCGAUUCUGGAUCAGCACACGCGCACCCAUCAGGGCGACCGGCCGUUCUGCUGCCCGAUGCCCAAUUGCAGGCGGCGCUUCGCCACCGAGCCCGAGGUGAAGAAGCACAUUGACAACCACAUGAAUCCGCACGCGGCCAAGGUGCGUCGGAACUCGAACGGUGACUCGAAGCCGCCCGGCACGCCCGCGGGCCUGGGCCCGGUCCCCGUACCCCGCGGUACCCUCACGCCCACGGUCGUCAAGCCGGAGCUCUACUUCCCGCAGUGCUACGCGCCCGCGUUCAAUCAUCAGCCGCCGGUGUCGACCGCGCAAUUUCCUGGCGCCCAGGCGAACGGCGUAUCCGUCACCGGCGAAUUCAAGCCGCCGACCGGUCUGCCGCCGCAGUGACUAACCGUCCAUCCUGCCGCCUACUAGCAAGCAGGAAUCCCCGCGCUGAGGUUUCAGCGCUGUUUCGGCCCAGCCGCGUUGGAGGCCGACGCGACGUCGAACGCGAUCGUCGCCGCCGCCGCCGCCGCUGCCGCCGCCGCGUCCAACCGAUGCGGCCAGCAGCCGAUGCAGCAACAUUACCCGUGACAUUUAUCACUGUGCAUUUAAUAGGGUUGUCUUCUUUGUUUUCACAACUCGCUCGCUCUUCUUGUCCCAUCGCUGCUUAACGGAGCCUCGGAACGCGUCGCCAGCUAGUCCCGGACUCGACGGUGAGAACGGCGCUCGGUUUUUCGCCUUUUGCGCGAUCCCGUCCAAGGGGGUCCACAACACGAACGUCCAAGAAACAUCGUUCCUCUCGUUUUUUCGCGCGCGAUUCACCCAUCGAAUAUAACGUUAUCCGAAUAAUACCGUCUGUUUUUUCCAUCUCUUUCGUAGCGCUCUUGCUAUAAUGCAAAUAGAGAGAUGAAACAACGUCGACGAAUUGUCCAGAUUUUUGCAUUGUUUGGGAAGCAAGGGGGGGAAUGUCGAGUCCGCUUUUACAUAUUCUGUGACGUUCGUGUAUUAGAAGCAAAUCGUAUCCUCUCACGCGCCGGAUGACACCGUGAAAAGAAACAACGUUCCGGGUAGGAUCAUUUAUCAUUGCAUUUUCGCUACCGAGUGGCAAACGACGGUGCGCAAUUAUACUCGCUCAGGUGUCGGUCGCGACAACUCGUAAUAAUUUUUGUGACAUGUGUGUUCUCUCGUUUACAGUCUCACGAUUGCGAUGCAAUGGUUCGCGAUUGUUACUCUUUAUGCGUCGGAUUAAGAUUUGAUCUCUAAAGGAUACCAUGAUCCGUUAUUACAGCGCGUAUACAUAUAUACUAUAAUUAUAUAAUUCUAGCUAGUAAAUUCAUGGCAGGAAAUACCGACUUCUACUACGAUCCGCAUCACCAAGUUAUCGAUCUCACACGGAAAAUAGCUCGGAAAAUCGUCCGCCACUCACCGUCGAGUUAAUUCAUUAGCCAGACCAAGGUAAAACAACCAACGAAGGAUCUCGUCUGUUUCUCCGUACGUAUUUUUUUAUGAUUAAUCGAUCAUGUGACGUACCUUCUCGCGUUUCUUUCGUGGACAAGGGAAUAGCACGUGAGGGUUCGGGGCUCUUAUCCCCCCCCCCGCCCCGCGAGGCGCGUAGGCGAAUUCGAAGAGAUUGACAAAAAAGUGUUCCCGCGAAUCCGUCUGUCUUUGCAUGUCUCGCGGGAUGAUGGUGCAUGCGUCGCCCGGGGCGCCGCCGCUCAUCGUUCAAAACGCCACGUAUCGCCAAACGGGUUGAAGAUGUUCGAUUUCGACCAGACUAAAAUGAUUGUGAUACAAUAUUUAACUUGCCUAUGUUUUAAAAUGUUUCGCGAGAAAGAGAGAGAGAGAGAGAGAGAGUGAGAGAGAUAGCGAGAAAGAGAGAGAGAGAGAGGUAUGUUGUGCUUCUCAAGGGAAGCGUUUACACGACCACGUGAAGAAUGCUUGUAAAUAUGUAAAGCCGUUCGCUCCAAACAAAGAAGAAAAGAAGGAGGAAGAAGAGGAAGCGGAGAAGCAGGAAGAAGAAGAAGAACGAAGAGAAAAACACACGACGGAGAAAGGUGAAGUAUGCGAGUGUGUGCGAAUGCGAUUGAGUGCGAAUGAUGCGAGAAAAGAAAGAGUACCGAGUGAGAGGGUGGGAGAAAGAAGAUAUAGGGGGAUAGUUGGGAUGGGAAGAGAGAGGAGGGUGGGAAUGAUAUGACAAGCGGAAGGAAGAAAGACACGAGAGAUUAUAGCUAGAAUUUACGAGGACGACGUAUCCUCCCACUGUGCUGAGCCAUAGUUUUCGGGUAGAUCGGUCAAGAAUCGACGAAACGAUGACUACCGCGAUGCAGCGCGAAGGGGAUAGAGGGGGUGGAGGGAGGUGCGCGCGACUCUUGUAUACUAUAGUAAUAUUUGAAUGUAUAUUUAUACGACAGGUUACAUUAUAUUCUAACUAUAUAUAUAUGACGAUAUUUUGAAUCGGUUUUAAAAAAUCAGAUUGGUGCUGAUAUAAACAAAAAAAAA